AUGAAUACCAUUACAGCAUCUACUCAACAUAUAGUUUCCAGUAUUCUUACUAAUCAACAAAUAAAGAAUGUUAGUGCAUCUAUUCAAACCACGUCAACCUUUCCUACCACUAUUCAAUCAACGAACACCGUUACUGCUCCUGAUCGACAGGUGCUUCAUAGUCGUUCCACUACUAGAAUAUUGAAUGCCGUUAGACCAUCUCCUCACCCUGUGAUUGCCAAUAGUUCUGCUACCCAACUACUUGACACCGUCAAUCCAUCUACUCAACCUGACUUUCCCAGUCGUUCAACUAUUCAACUACAGGACACUGUUAGCGCAUCUAGUCAAUCUGUGGUUCAUAGUCUUUCCACUACUCCAAUAAUGAACACUGUGAUUGUGGUUCCAAACCGUUCUACUCAACUGCUGGACGCUGUUACUGCAUCUAGUCAUUCUGUGGUUCCCAGUCGUUCUGCUACACAACUACUGGACAAUUUGAGUGCAUCUAGUCAAUCUGUGGUUCCCAGCCGUUCUACUGCUCAACUACUGGAUACUGUAAAUACAUCUAGUCAAUUUGUGGUUCCCAGUCGUUCUACUACUCAAAUACUGGAAACGGUGAGAGCAUUUAGUCAAUCUGCGGUUCCCAGUCAUUCUACUACUCAACUACCCGAAACUGUGAGUGCAUCUAGACAAUCAGUGGUUGCCAGUCGUUCUACUACUCAACUACUAGAAACUGUUAGAGCAUCUAGUCAAGCUGUGGUUUCCAGUCGUUCUACUACUCAACUACUGGAACCUGUGAGCGUAUCUACUCAAUCUGUGGUUCGCAGCCGUUCUACUACUCAACUACUCGAAACUAUGAGUACAUCUAGUCAAGCUGUGGAUCCCAGUCAUCCUGCUACUCAACUACUGGAAACUGCGAGCGCAUCUACUCAAUCUGUGGUUCCCAGCCGUUCUACUACUCAACUACUGGACACCUUGAGUGCAUCUACUCAAUCUGUAGUUCCCGGCCGUUCUACUACUCAACUACUGGAAACUGUGAGUGCAUCUAGUCAAUCUGUGGUUCCCAGUCAUUCUACUUCUCAACUACUGGAAACUGUGAGUACAUCUAGUCAAGCUGUUGUUCCCAGCCGUUCUAGUACUCAACUACUGGAAACUGUGAGUGCAUCUAGUCAAUCUGUAGCUCCCAGCCGUUCUACUACUCAACUACUGGACACUGUGAGUGCAUCUAGUCAAUCUGUAGUUCCUGGCCAUUGUACUACUCAACUACUGGAAACUGUGAGUGCAUCUAGUCAGUCUGUGGUUCCCAGUCGUUCUACUACCAAACUACUGGAAAGAGCGAGUACAUCUAGUCAAUCUGUGGUUCCCAGUUUUUCUACUACUCAACUACUGGAAACUGCGAGCGCAUCUACUCAAUCUGUGGUUUCCAGCCGUUCUACUACUCAACUAUUGGACACUGUGAGUGCAUCAACUCAAUCUGUAGUUCCCGGCCGUUCUACUACUCAACUACUGGAAACUGUGAGUGCAUUUAGUCUAUCUGUGGUUCUCAGUCAUCCUGCUACUCAACUACUGAAAACUGUGAGUGCAUUUAGUCAAUCUGCGGUUCCCAGUCGUUCUACUACUCAACUACUGGAAAGAGUGAGUACAUCUAGUCAAUCUCUGGUUCCCAGUUUUUCUACUACUCAACUACUGGAAACUGUGAGCGCAUCUACUCAAUCUGUGGUUCCCAGCCGUUCUACUACUCAGCUACUGGAAACUGUGAGUACAUCUAGUCAAGCUGUGGUUCCCAGUCAUCCUGCUACUCAACUACUGGAAACUGUGAGCGCAUCUACUCAAUCUGUGAUUCCCAGGCGUUCUACUACUCAACUACUGGACACUGUGAGUGCAUCUACUCAAUCUGUAGUUCCCGGCCGUUCUACUACUCAACUACUGGAAACUGUGAGUGCAUCUACUCAAUCUGUGGUUCCCAGUCAUUCUACUACCCAACUACUGGAAAGAGCGAGUACAUCUAGUCAAUCUGUGCUUCCCAGUCAUUCUACUACUCAACUACUGGAAACUGUAAGCGCAUCUGCCCAAUCUGUGGUUCCCAGCCGUUCUACUACUCAACUACUGGAAACUGUGAGUGCAUCUAGUCAAUCUGUGGUUCCCAGUCGUUCUACUACCCAACUACUGGAAAGAGUGAGUACAUCUAGUCAAUCUGUGGUCCCCAGUCAUUCUACUACUCAAGUACUGGAAACUGUGAGUACAUCUAGUCAAGCUGUGGUUCCCAGUCAUCCUGCUACUCAACUACUGGAAACUGUAAGCGCAUCUACUCAAGCUGUGGUUCCCAGCCGUUCUACUACUCAACUACUGGACACUGUGAGUACACCUAGUCAAUCUGUGGUUCCAAGUCAUUCUACUACUCAACUACUAGAAACUGUGAGCGCAUCUACUCAAUAUGUGGUUCCCAGCCGUUCUACUACGCAACUACUGUACUCGGUCAGUGAACCUAGUCAAUCUGUAGUUCCCAGCCGUUCUACUACUCAACUACUGGACACUGUGAGUGUAUCUACUCAAUCUGUAGUUCCCGGCCGUCCUACUAGCCAACUACUGGAAACUGUGAGUGCAUCUAGUCAAUCUGUGGUUCGCAGUCGUUCUACUACCAAACUACUGGAAAGAGUGAGUACAUCUACUCAAUCUGUGGUUCCCAGUCAUUCUACUACUCAACUACUGGAAACUGUGAGCGUAUCUACUCAAUCAGUGGUUCCCAGCCGUUCUACUACUCAACUACUGGAAACUGUGAGUGCAUUUAGUCAAUCUGCGGUUCCCAGUCGUUCUACUACUCAACUACUGGAAACUGUGAGUACAUCUAGCCAAUCUCUGGUUCCCAGUCUUUCUACUACUCAACUACUGGAAACUGUGAGCGCAUCUCCUCAAUCUGUGGAUCUCAGCCGUUCUACUUCUCAACUACUGGACAUUGUGAGUGCAUCUACUCAAUCUGUAGUUCCCGGCCGUUCUACUACUCAACUACUGGACACUGUUAGUGCAUCUACUCAAUCUGUAGUUCCCGGCCGUUCUACGACUGAACUACUGGAAACUGUGAGUGCAUUUAGUCAAUCUGUGGUUCCCAGUCAUUCUACUACUGAACUACCGGAACCUGUGAGCGUAUCUACUCAAUCUGUGGUUCUCAGCCGUUCUACUACUCAAAUACUGGAAACUGUGAGUACAUCUAGUCAAGCUGUGGUUCCCAGUCAUCCUGCUACUCAACUGCUGGAAACUGUGAACGCAUCUACUCAAUCUGUGGUUCCUAGCCGUUCUACUACUCAACUACCGGAAACUGUGAGUGCAUCUAGUCAAUUUGUUGUUCCCAGUCGUUCUACUACCCAACUACUGGAAAGAGUGAGUACAUCUAGUCAUUCUGUGGUUCCCAAUCAUUCUACUACUCAACUACCGGAACUUGUGAGCGUAUCUACUCCUUCUGUGCUUCCCAGCCGUUCUACUACUCAACUACUGGAAACUGUGAGUACAUCUAGUCAAGCUGUGGUUCCCAGUCAUCCUACUACUCAAAUACUGGACACUGUGAGUGCAUCUACUCAAUCUGUAGUUCCCGGCCGUUCUACUACUCAACUACUGGAAACUGUGAGUGUAUCUAGUCAAUCUGUGGUUCCCAGUCGUUCUACUACCCAACUACUGGAACGAGUGAGUAUAUCUAGUCAACCUGUGGUUCCCAGUCAUUCUACUACUCAACUACUGGAAACUGUGAGCGCAUCUACUCAAUCUGUUGUUCCCAGUCGUUCUACUACUCAACUUCUGGAAACUGUGAGUACAUCUAGUCAAGCUGUGGUUCCCAGUCAUCCUGCUACUCAACUACUGGAAACUGUGAGUACAUCUAGUCAAUCUGUGGUUCCCAGUCUUUCUACUACUCAAGUACUGGAAACUGCGAGCGCAUCUACUCAAUCUGCGGUUCCCACCCGUUCUACUACUCAACUAUUGGACACUGUGAGUGCAUCUACUCAAUCUCUAGUUCCCGGCCGUUCUACUACUCAACGACUGGAAACUGUGAGUGCAUUUAGUCAAUCUGCGGUUCCCAGUUGUUCUACUACUCAACUAGUGGAAACUGUGAGUACAUCUAGUCAAUCUGUGGUUCCCAGUCAUUCUACUACUCCACUACUGGAAACUGUGAGCGCAUUUAGUCAAUCUGUAGUUGGCAGCCGUUCGACUACUCAACUACUGGAAACUGAUAGCGCAUCUACUCAAUCUGUGGUUCCCAGCCGUUCUACUACUCAACUACUGGACACUGUGAGUACACCUAUUCAAUCUGUGGUUCCAAGUCAUUCUACCACUCAACUACUGGAAACUGUGAGCGCAUCUACUCAAUCUGUGGUUCCCAGCCGUUCUACUACGCAACUACUGGACUCGGUGAGUGCACCUAAUGAAUCUGUAUUUCCCAGCCGUUCUUCUACUCAACUACUGGACACUGUGAGUGUAUCUGUUCAAUCUGUAGUUCCCGGCCGUCCUACUAUCCAACUACUGGAAACUGUGAGUGCAUCUAGUCAAUCUGUGGUUCCCAGUCGUUCUACUAUCCAACUACUGGAAAGAGUGAGUACAUCUACUCAAUCUGUGGUUCCCAGUCAUUCUACUACUCAACUACUGGAAACUGUGAGCGUAUCUACUCAAUCUGUGGUUCCCGGCCGUUCUACUACUCAACUACUGGAAACUGUGAGUGCAUUUAGUCAAUCUGCGGUUCCCGGUCGUUCUACUACUCAACUACUGGAAACUGUGAGUGCAUCUAGUCAAUCUGUGGUUCCCAGUCGUUCUACUACCCAACUACUGGAAAGAGUGAGUAUAUCUAGUCAAUCUGUGGUUCCCAGUCAUUCUACUACUCAACUACUGGAAACUGUGAGCGCAUCUACUCAAUCUGUUGUUCCCAGCCGUUCUACUACUCAACUUCUGGAAACUGUGAGUACAUCUAGUCAAGCUGUGGUUCCCAGUCAUCCUGCUACUCAACUACUGGAAACUGUGAGUACAUCUAGUCAAUCUGUGGUUCGCAGUCAUUCUAGUACUGAACUACUGGAAACUCUGAGCCCAUCUUCUCAAUCUGUGGUUCCCACCCGUUCUACUACUCAACUGCUGGACACUGUGAGUGUAUCUAGUCAAUCUGUAGUUCCCGGCCGUUCUACUAGUCAAGUUCUGGAAAGUCCGUCUAGUCAAUCUGUAGUUUCCGGUCGUUCUACUACUCAACUACAGGAAACUUUGAGUCCAUCUACUCAACCUGUGGUUCCCAGUCGUUCUACGACUCAACUACUGGAAACUAUGAGUGCGUCUAGGCAAUCUGCGUUUGGCAGUAGUUCUGCUACUCAACUACUGGAAACUGUGAGUGCAUCUAGUGAACCUGUGGCUCCCAAUCGUUCUACUACCGAACUACUUGAAACUGUGAGCGUAUCUAGUCAAUCUGUGGUUCCCAGCCGUUCUACUGCUCAACUACUCGACACUGUGAGUGCAUCUAGUCAAUCUGUAGUUCCCAGUCGUUCUACUACUCAACUACUGGAAACUAUGAGUGCAUUUAUUCAAUCUGUGGUUCCGAGCCGUUCUACUGCUCAACUACUGGACACAUUGAGUACGUCUAGUCAAUCUGUGGUUCCCAGCCGUUCUGCUAGUCAACUAUUGGAAACUAUGAGUGCGUUUAGUCAAUCUGUGGUUCUCAGCCAUUCUACUACUCAACUACAGGAAACUGUGAGUCCAUGUAGUCAAUCUAUGGUUCCCAGUCAUUCUACUACUCAACUACUGGAAGCUGUGAGUGCAUAUAGUAAAUCUGUGUUUACCAGUCAUUCUACUACUCCACUACACGAAACUGUGAGUGCAUCAAGUCAAUAUGUGGUUCCCAGUCAUUCUACUACCCAACUACUGGAAAGUGUGAGUGCAUCUAGUCAAUCUUUAGUUACCAGUCAUUCUACUAAUCAACUAAUGGAAACUGUGAGUGAAUCUAGUCAAUCUGUGGUUCCCAGACGUUCUACUACUCAAGUACUGGAAUCUGUAAGUGCAUCUAGUCAAUCUGUUGUUCCCAGUCGGUCUGCUACUCAAUUACAGGACACUGUGAUCGUAUCUUGUCAAUCUGUGGUUCCCAGUUGUUCUACUACUCAACUACUGAACACUGUGAGUUCAUCUAGUCAAUCUGUUGUUGCCAGUCGUUCUUCUAUUCCACUACUGAACACAGUUGGGGCGUCCACGCAAUCUGUGGAUCUCAUUCGUUCUAUUACUCAAAUAUUGAACACGGUUACUGCAUUUAGUCAAUCUGUGGUUCGAGGUCAUUCUAUUACUCAACUACUGAACACUAUUAACGCAUCUAGGAAAAAUGUGGUUCGCAGUCGUUCUAUUACUCAACUACAAAACACAGCUAGUGCUUUUAGUCCAUCUGUGAUUCCCAAUCGUUCUACUGGUCAACCUAUAAGCUCCAAUACUGCCCCCACACAAAGAACAAAGGAAGCUUUAACUAUUGAAAUUUCCCUAACCUUCGUCAACAGAAAAUUUCACGAAGAUCUUUUUAAUAAACAAAGCUUGAUAUUCUUGGAAAUGAAGCAAGAAGUAGAGUUGAAAAUCAAAAUUGCUUAUAGCAAUACUAAGGGUUUUGUAUCGGUAACUAUUUCUGGGUUUCGCCCUGGCAGUAUUGUUUCUGAAGGACGUCUGUAUUUUGCAAACUCAUCAAACAAAGAUGUUUCUCGAUUGGAAAAGAUUCUUUCUGAUUAUGGAAAUGCUAGUGGUGAAUUUGAUGUUUCCGGAUUUGAAGAAGCAGCCGGUGAUGGGGAUGAUGAUGAUGAUGAUGAUGAUGUAAUACUUGGACUAAAUUGGUGGCAGAUUAGUGUAAUUAUCGCAGGAGUGGUGGUAUCUAUCCUCUUGGUAACUGUUGUCGUAUUGUGUGUAAGUAUUUAUAUAAUAAAUUUUCCCUGUUUGAAGGCUUGUUUACACAGGCGACUAUACUAUCAUUGUUCACUGCUGAGGCAUGCUAUUCUCUAA